CAGCUCUCGAUGACGAUCACCCAGUUGGUUAGGCACAAACUCAACAGAAUUAGUAUCGAUUUUGCUGAAUUUUCAUAUGUAAGACCGUCUCUGUCACCCGUAGACAAUCGGACGGCUUCUGGAUGGAUUUUCUCAGACUUGCAAAAGCGAUUGAUGACUACAAGCAAGCGGGUCCAAGACAGAAGCAAGAAGAAGCGGAUCCAUGAUCUCGAGAUAGUGACCGAGAAGUGGAAGAUAGCAUCCAAGGUGUUGUUUGUGAUAGAGCUUCUAAAGAAAGAACCCGAGCAGAUCAUGCGUCUGAGAGAAUUGGAACGGUACCGGCAGCAGAUCAACCUGCAGAAGCCGCACAAGGUCUCGGAUUUCAUCCGCAAGUCCCCGAAGCUAUUCGAAUUGUACAAGGACCAGAAGGGCGUGAUAUGGUGUGGGCUGACGCAGCAGGGUGAGGACCUUGUGGCAGAGGAGGAGCGACUCAAGGAAGAGCACAGCCCACAAUUGGCCCAGUAUGUCACGAGGUUCUUGAUGAUGUCAGUCGAUAAACGGCUCCAAGUUGACAAGAUUGCCCACUUCAGGCGUGACUUGGGUCUGCCUUAUGAUUUCCGGAAUCAGUGGAUUCACAUGUUUCCGGAACUCUUCAAGGCAGUCAAAAUCGACGAUGUUGAGUACUUGGAACUUGUGUCGUGGAACCCAGCUUGGGCAGUGACAGAGUUGGAGAAGAAGUUAGCAGCGGGACCGGAAUCUGAUCGCCCCCCACCAGGGCUGCUUUGCCUUCCUUUCCCAUUGAAGUUCCCAGCAAACUACAAGAAGAUCUUUAGAUACGGCGGACAGAUUGAGCAUUUUCAAAAACGGCCAUAUCUAUCACCGUAUGCUGAUCCAUGUGAUUUGAGCCCAGGAUCACGGGAGUUUGACAAGAGGGCAGUUGCGGUCAUGCACGAGCUGCUGAGCUUUACGCUUGAGAAAAGGCUGGUGACAGACCAUCUGACCCACUUCCGGCAGGAAUUCAAGAUGCCCCAGAAGCUGAUGCGGCUUCUUUUGAAGCAUUUUGGCAUCUUUUACGUUUCAGAGAGGGGAAAGAGGCUAAGCGUGUACUUGACGGAAGCAUAUGAAGGUUCGGAAUUGAUUGAGAAAUGCCCAUUGGUGCUUUGGAAGGAGAAGAUUCAGAACCUUGUUGGGUAUAGAGGGCGGAAAAAGAGGCUCGAAAUGUUUAAUGAAUUUUCGGACAUGGAGGAUGAAAAGUUGUUUGAAGACGAGCCUAACGGUGAAAAUGCAUUUGGGGAGUUCAACAAUGAAGCAAAUGUGGGUCAACUAGAUGGUGCUUUGCUUACGGAUGAUGAGGAGAUGGCAGUUGCAGAAGAAGUAUACAAUGCGUACAAGGAUUCAUCUUGAGGGAUGACUCUUUGAGGAGCCACAAAUUUUUUUGGAGACUCAAGGUAUUGAAUGGAGUUGCCACCACGGUUUGCUCUUCACUGACUACACCUAUACAGUUGGUGGGAGAAGAUCAGAGAGUGAUUAGGUGUGGCAUUAUUACUAGGGAGGAGAUCCAUGCCGUUUCGGGCAUUGAAGGGUGUGAAGAGAUGAACACUAAGGAUGUCCCAUUUUA